AUGGUAGUCAAUGUGCUGUUCGUGGACUCUUACGACUCCUUCACUUACAACUUAGUGAACUUGAUUAGAGCUCAAGACAAACAAAUUCACGUUACGAUUAUUCAUAACGAUACUUUUGCCACUUUCGAUGAAGUGCGGCCGUUUUUAAGCUGCUUUGAUUGUAUUGUGGUUGGUCCAGGUCCAGGAAACCCGGAAAAUGGUUGUAGGGAUGUGGGACUCCUUCACGAUAUGUUUUCCCAAGACUUAAAGGUUCCCGUUUUGGGCAUCUGUCUUGGUUUUCAAGUGAUGUGCCGGGCCAUGGGAUGUCCUGUCAAGCAGCUGAAAGAGAUAAAGCAUGGUCAGGUUUAUGAUAUUACUGUCGCCAAUCUUGAAAGUAAAUCACAGAACGAGCUGUUUGCAGAGUAUCCAGCUGCUUUCAAAUCCGUGCGAUAUCACUCUUUGCAUGUGGCAGUGGACUCUGACAGCUCUGAGGGUAUCAUACCGCUUUGUUAUACACAUGACGAAAAUGGACCCGUGCUAAUGGGCGCAAAGAUCGCCGAAACGGCGUGGUACGGUGUUCAGUAUCAUCCGGAAUCGUGCUGCUCAGAACUGGGCGGCCAAUUGAUCUCAAACUUUUUGAGAAUUGCAAAAGAGUACAACGACUCCAAGGACAGAAAGAACUCCAGCUAUCAAUUGCUGGACAAUAGCUCGCAAAAACAAACGGCCAUUUCAUUUUUGGAUAAAACUAUAGAUAAAAGCAGCGUGUAUGAGAAAACCGAGCUCAAAGAUUUACCCAUCUACGUUGAAGACAUACCUGUCACUCCAAAUGCACAUUUGGCCCUGAUUAUUUGCAACGUGCUAAAUGUUCCUUUCUUUUUAAUGUCAUCGUCAACAAUCCAGGAUAACAGAGGCGAGUAUUCUAUCAUUGCAUUGCCGAAUGAGAGAUCGACCGUAUUCACGCAUUACGAUCAAAAACACAAGACUUUGAUACACAAAUGGCGUGACUCACGCCUUUCCCAUGAAAAGUACAUGGCUGCGGUAAACGAUAGCCAUGCGCCGAGCGAGGGACUUGAGUCCAUUAAUGAGGAUAAAUUCGACUUCUGGAAAACUGUCGGAAAUUUUAUGAAAGAUCGUAUGGUUGCCAGUAGACCUGAUAUUCCCUUUAUUGGAGGACUAGUAGGAGUUUUGGGUUAUGAAAUGGGACAGUUUACGGUUAAUGGGGAUAAAGAAAAACUUGUGCCUGAUGCCAAACUAGUUUUCAUUGAAAACAGCAUUAUUGUGGAUCUCAAAAAGGGAACUGUUUCUUUUGUAUCACUGAACAAUAAUUUCCCAGAGAGCGUUAAAGGGACGGUAAGAAGUUUGAUGCAAGACAAUAGCGAUAGCUCCUCGUUGCUGAAGUCGAAAAAACUGCCACAUGAUGUCGGUUUCGAUAUUCGAUUACCAACCAGAGAUGCGUACGCCAAAGCAUUCAAAAAGUCUCAAAACUACUUACACAAUGGAGACUCAUACGAGGUUUGUUUAACGACACAGACAGAAGUAAAGCCCAGUAAACGCGUGGAACCCUGGAGACUGUUCCAAACACUGAUUCAAAGAAAUCCAGCUCCCUUUUCCAGCUUUUUCGAGUUUAGCGACUUAUGCCCUGGGUCUUCACAUUUGUGCCUGCUGUCGACGUCACCCGAAAGAUUCUUGAAAUGGGAUCGAAAUGGCUGUGAGUUACGGCCAAUAAAGGGUACAGUGAAGAAGGACCACUCGGUCACUCUAGAAUCGGCUACGAAAAUUUUAAAGACACCAAAGGAAUUUGGUGAAAACUUGAUGAUCUUGGAUCUGAUACGCAAUGACCUGUACGAGUUAUUGGAUUCGGUGACAGUGGAUGAGCUUAUGUCGGUCGAAGAGUAUGAAACCGUUUAUCAAUUAGUGAGCGUAGUCAAGGGCCAUAAUCUGCGGCAAACAGCGUAUUCCGGCAUAGAUCUUCUACGGCAUUCGUUACCCGCGGGUUCGAUGACAGGCGCCCCCAAGAAAAACACAGUUCAAUUGUUGCAAAAUGAGAUAGAGACGGAGCUCAAUUCUCAUAUCUCCAGUGCAGGAGUGCGUGGCGUUUACUCUGGUGUUACUGGGUACUGGAGUUGCAACGACCGUGGGGAUUGGUCUGUGAACAUCAGGUGCAUGUACUCGUACGACAACGCAAAUUCUUGGCGUUUGGGAGCAGGAGGGGCAAUAACAGUGCUGAGCACUCUAGAUGGGGAAUGGGAAGAAAUGCAUACCAAGCUGGAAAGCGCGUUACAAGUGUUUCAGGAUGCUUGA